AAUGAUGAAGGAAGUAAUGCGGUCCGGGUCCGCGGUAGGGACGGAGAGCAUCUUGGAUUGGAUCCGGAGCCGGGAGGUUGCGGCGAAACGCGCCCGUGUUCGUCGCCGGCCGCCAGUCCGGCACGAGCCUUCGUCGUGAAUGUACGUCGUGUGUGUUCGUCUAGCGAGCGGUCGCGCACGCGCUCUCGCGAUCUCAACCACGCAAAACAAUCUGAAACAAUUUUUUACGCCACCCACUUAUUAAAUGCAAACAAUUUGACAGUGACGUUUAGGUGGACGCGAUGACAGUUCAGCACGUAGUGUAUUGAUGUAAACGCAAAUUUCAAUAAUCCGUAUCACAAAUUUACAGUGCCGCGUGAAAUAGAACAAAUUCAUGGUGAACAAAAUUGACCGGUGUGGUGCAUAUAGGAGUGUGUAAACAUUAGAAUGCAACCGAUAGCCGCCGGGUAGCGCGAUGAUGCGCAAGGAAGGUGCCGGCGCGCCCGGGGCCGACGUCUCCCUGGACGCUUACGAUUGCUUAAAUCUCCAGCAGAUACUGCAGGCGUUCAACUCAACCAUCGGCGAGGAAUACGCUUGGGCCUUGUUUUAUCAGGCCGCCAAGUGCUUCCAGAAGUGUCUCGCUGACGGCUCGACCUGUUACCUGGCAACGGAGCCACGGCAUCUGUUGCUGCACAAAGAUGGCUUCGUGCAUCCAAACACGCUCACGCAUCCCGGAGAUGACAGCAGCAGGGAGGAAGUCACGUCGGAGCAGCAGAUGGUGGUGAACCUGGCGCUGGUGAUCUACCACGCGCUGGACUACACGCACGCGGAGGAUGAGGAGCGGCUCAUCUCGCCGGACCUCGAGGGCCUCAUUACCGACAUGACGGCAUGUGAUGCCGAGGAGGAGGAGGAAUGCGGCAUGUCGGAGGGCUCGGAAACGUCGGAGAGCGGGCGCGCUGACACCGACGAUGAAGGAAUCGAGCGUGACGCCGAGCCUGCGCCACGUCGCACAACGCACUGCCGACGGUUCAUGCUCAAAGAUGUUAUAGAGCGUUGUGUGUGGCACUGCGGUGGUGUUGGGCGGGGCGCGCGUGAGGCGGCGGGCGCGCAUUACCGCGCCGUGUGCCGCGCGCUGCUCUCCGAGGCGCUCGAGCUGGCCUCGUUCCUGGUGCGUGUGCGUGUCGGCGGCGCGCGGAACAUGGGCGCUGCGGAGGAUUCCGCAACACAUCUGGACACGUUGCACUUCUCAGAUUGGGCGCGUUUCUGGAUGCAAGUGAUCGGAGAGCUGCGGAUGGGAGUGAAACUGAAGAAGGUCAACUAUUCUAGGACCCCCAUCGAGUACGAGUUGACUCCGUACGAAAUACUAAUGGAUGAUAUCAGAUCAAGAAGAUAUACUUUAAGAAAAGUAGAUGGAUCAAUACCUCAGAGUGUGAAGAAGGACGCUCAUGCGAUGAUUCUCGAAUUUAUUAGAAGUAGGCCGCCACUCAGAAAGGCCUCGGAACGUAAGCUGCCGCCGCCGCGAAGAGAGACCACGCCGCGGGAGCAGCUGCUGGCUUCCAUCCAGCGCGGCCGCCCGCUCAGACCCACGCCAUACUCGCGCACAUACCCGACGAGCGGCGCGGGUAGCGGGCCGGGCGGCGGGGAGGUGAGGCGGGGCGGCGGCGGAGGCGGUGACGUCACGCCGCACGCGCCGCCGCAGCGCAGGCUCAUCAAAGUUGAUUUUGACAAUCUCGAGGACGACGAAGACGAAGAUGACACCGAAACAUGCAUAAGUCCGGAGACAUGCGUCCCUCAACCUUUCCCCCGGCACACGGCACCUCAGCAGCCAGCCCCUAAACCCUGGAAGCGAACUGCAUACGAUCUGGCGACGCAAUGUCCGUCGCGGCGCGCGUCAAUGCGACGACACACGGUCACGCAUGUCUGUCCGCCCAGCGACGGCGCACAGUCUCUGCCGCACUCCAGGCCCGGUUCUCGCGCGUCGUGCGCGGGCGCCGCGUCGCUGGCCAGCAGCGAGCUGGACGCGCAGCUGGGCGAGCUGUCCUGGUCGCGGUCGUCGCUGCAGGACGAGCUCAUCAAGUCGGUUAGUGGCAGCCCUAGUAGCAAGCAUAAGCAAUGGCAGGAGGCGAUAAUGUCGGACGACCGGCUGUCGCUGACGCUGGAGGAGAUCGUGCACAUCAGGUCGGUGCUCACCAAGGCCGAGCUCGAGUUCCUGCCCUCCGAGGGCAGAGUCAAAGAAGACGUAGAGAAGAGAAGAGUGUGUUUCCUUUGUUUGAAAACAAGAUUUGGCAUAUUCGGCCCCUGGGGGCAGAAAUGCAAGCUAUGUAAAAAGACUGUCUGUCAAAAGUGUUGUUCAAAGAUGCGCAUACCGACGGAACACUUCGCGCACGUGCCGGUGGUUCUGCUGAGUCCCUCGCUGCUGCCCUCGCCCGAGGACGAGGCGCCCUCCUUCCCCCGCAGCCUCGUCUCGCGCCUCGUCUCCCCGGAACACCAUGACAACAGCGUGGGCAGCGCGCCGAGCAGCCCGGUGUCGCGGCGCGCCUGCCCGCAGUCAGCGCCAGGGUCGCGCGGGGGCUCGCGCGGGGGCUCCGCGCUCGGCUUCGCGGACCUCGCCGUGCACGCGCCCGGCGCCAUGACGCGCUCCGUGGACGGGCCCGGCAGCAUGCCCUGCGUCAUCAACGACCGCAGCAGGUCGCGUUGCGGGCGGGGCGGCGCGGCGGCGGCGGAGCGGCUGCGCGGCGUGCAGAUGGCGGUGUGUCACGACUGCAAGGCCAUGGUGCUGCAGAUCAUCAAGUCGUCGCGCGCCGCGCGCUCCGCCUCCCGCGACCGCGCGCUGCGACAUCUCACACUGGACCUGGCGCCCGUCUACACGGACAACUGUUAGUGCGCACCACACUAUACAGCCCGGUGCGAGCGGGAAAUAUACAGAACUAUUCAAACGCUGCAGUGUUGGUUGUCUAGCGGAGACUCGCUUGGAUCUGGUCACUAUUGUAUCUUAUUAGCGGGCAGUAUGCGUCAAUAUAUCACAGAAAGAUUAUAAUGAUGGUGUAGAAUUGGGUUUAUUCGUAUAAUCGGUGAUUUGACCGACAUAUCGAAAUUGACCUUUCAGACUACUAUCUCAAAUUGACCACCCAUGCGAUGAAAGAAUCGAAGUCGUGAUGACUGGCAGCACAUUUUCUUUUUAAUUCCAGCUGAAUCGUGGUUAUCGGUAUCUGCGAGUUUAAAAUGUGACUUAGAACCUGACUAAUUAUGUGCAACAUUUAUUCAGCAACCGGUAAUGGCACGAUUUUGUGUGCCCCAAGUCCCUCCGUACUUUUUUAAUCUUUUCUUGAUUUAAAAUUAGAAUCCCAUUUAAAUUUAGAAGCUGCUUCUUUUUUCUUGGCAAUGUCAAAUAUUAAUAACACUUUUCAAACGUAAAGUUAUAGAUCACAAAUUAUCUUUUGUUUCUCAGUGAAACUACUGAAAAUAUCAGACGACAAAUAAGUUUUUUAAAAACAUAAUUAGGUUGUUUAAAGAAAUCUCCUUUUUGUUUUUUUAAAUAGAUUUAAUACUUAAAAUUUUGGUUAUAAAAACUUUUUGAUCGACAAUGUAGUUGCUUGAAUUUUGAUCGUUUGUUACUAAUAUCGUAGGAUUGUUUGAUUUCUUUUAACUUGUGACGUGAUUACGGGCAAAGAAUUAAUUUUCUUUGUCAAAUAUUCCGACCGUAAGCUAACACGUGAUCAAUUUUUGUUUAUUAAUUUAAACGAAAUGAGAUUUCAAAAAAUUACACUUAGUAAAAAUUUACGGAGAGACAUUAAUUUGACUAUAUGUAGAAAAUAUUUUAUUUUUCCAAUACUUUAAGUAAAACUGUUUAAGAGCUUCCGAGGUUGUAUAGAAUUAUUGUUGAGUUUCUAGACGGACCGUACUAAGUACAUUUUGAUUUUCACGUCGACAAAAAAUUAUUUGACAAGACUUUGACAUUGACAGGUAAUACAUAGCUUCAUUUAUUUUUAUUUAUCGCACAAAAAAAUUAAAAAAACCUUCUUCAAUUAGCAAUCUAAAAUACUCAAACUACAAACAAUAUAGAAAUUAAAGUAAAAAAUAGAUUAUAUUCAAGAAAUUACUAAAAUUGUAUUUUGUCACCUAGAUUAUAUAUGUAAUAAAUAUUAUAUAUUUUUCCGAAUAAUAGAUUUAAAAUAUGUCUACAACUUAAAUAUAUAGCACGAUGUUCUGUGUUCAAACUAUAAAUGUUCUGUAAAAGAGGUAUAUCUGAAUGUUUAGAUACUCCAUAUUUAUUGUGCUAAAAUUUAAUUUUGUAUAAAGCUCGCACACCGUAUCCUUAGAUAGCCAACUGGCGCCAUAAGAGAGCGUAUGUAUUCAUCAUUACUCCACAAUUAACCAAUUAUUUUCAAUUAUAAUUGUGUUAUAAAAAAACAAUUCGAAGUACUGUGCCAUAACCUUCCACUGUUGCAUUGUCGAUGUGCGAUCAAAUGACAAUUGCUCGUAUGUUUGACGUAAAUAAAAAAAAUAAACAGUUUUGGUUAUUUUUUAUUUCUAUUUAUUUUAUAAGAUAAUUGUAAAACUGUAUGUGCUAUUUGUGAGCUGACCAUAUAUUUCAUUUUGAAUACUAAUAUGCUUCAUUCCAUUUUUUUAUAAUACCUAACAAAAUUGUGCAGAUUCUUGCCAUAAACAAUAGCAAGUCUACAAAAAAAUGCUCAUUUUAACAAAUUGCCAUCUUUAGAUCCUUGAUUAUAGGUAUUUAUUAAGAAAAAAAUAUGUAGGUGCUAAUUGUUUUACUAUUUCAAUUUGAAAUUCGGUCAGCUCGCAUUCACUUCUGUUAUAAAAAUUAAAAUUUCACUAUAUUUGCUUAUCUUUCACUCAUUUCUAAGGUUAACCUAGUUUUAAUUAAAUUAUUUUGCCAAAUAUGUAACCUAUCCAAGACCUUAUUGUAAAUAGAGAUUUCUUUAGUGUCAUCUAUGUGAAUAUCUGAUAAUUCUUGUGUUUGUGUUACUAAUAUUGGUAUAUUGAAUUUGUCUAUAUUGUGUCAAUAUUUGUAAUCUGUGGAAUCGGUUGGUACCUUGGAAAUAAAAUCUGCUUAUUGUGAAUUACCCAAAAGGCCUAGAUAGUCAUAAUACCCUGCCAUUUGUGUUUCUUUGUAAUUUCCUUUUUAACUCUCCUUAUAUAGUAUCCGAAUUGAAAUCGUACCUUAUUAAAAUCGAAUUCCCAGUUAGAAAUUUCGUGAAUGUAUAUAAAACCUUGGUAGUCUAUAUUAGAUGUUAUGUAGAAUAUAAAAGAAAUAAUAACGGGAAAUAAAACAAAUUACAGAUCGUUA